AUGGCGUCCACGGUCGAGACUGAUUAUUUCAAGCAUAAACAACUUCCCGACGCUCGCACUUACAUCAGGUUGCUCGAGAUAAACAGCGUUGACCAGACACGGGACAUCUCAGUCCACUGCAAGCUCACAACGUGGCUGAAGGCAGCCGCGCCUGCAUAUACCGCUAUCUCAUACACAUGGGGCGAUCCAAACCUGCUCGCCACCAUCCUCAUCAAUGGCAAGAGGAUGAAAGUGCGCCGCAACUGCGAGGAUGUUCUCAGGCAGCCGUGUCGGAACAAAAAUGGCUACUUCUGGAUCGAUGCGAUAUGUAUCAAUCAGGCGGACAAUGACGAAAAAAGCUUCCAGGUAGCGAAGAUGGGCAAGGUCUUUAGGGAUGCUCGCCAGACUCUUGCGUGUGUUGGACUCCACGAGAACGACAGCGAAUUUCUGUUCGAGGGGCUGCAUAAACAUCAACGCCGGUGGGCACGGCUCAGCAACAGCUUCGAUGGUUUGGGCAAUCUUCGAGAUCGCCCCUGGCUAACGUUGAGGUCCAAGUCCACUCUGAUCAGGCUGUGCAAGGCACUGAGCAUGUUUUUGAGAAGACCGUAUUUUCACCGAGUUUGGAUUUACCAGGAGCUGUUCCUUGGGAAGAACAUACAACAUAUCGAUUGCUACUUCUUGGAGGAGAUGGAGGAUGUGCGAUACCUUUUGGAAACAGUCAAGCACAAGUCACGACUUUCCUUGCGGGAAUUGAUCCCUGUUAUUCGGACACUGCAGAGUGAAGACAUUAGAGAUCGGGUAUUCGGAAUUCUAUCGACAAUCAAGUGGCAUGACGAGAAGCCAAUCCGACCAGACUACGACAAGGACCCGUUUGACCUUGCCACGAUGAGAUACAAGUUCGUCGAGUGA